UAAAGUUUUAUCACAAUUUUACAAAGUGUUGUCACUUGAUUUAUCUAGUAUGCAUGUUACAAAAUAGAGAGGAGGUGCAUUGUUAAGGUAGACGAGCCAACGCCCACUGAGGCUUGUUACUGCUGCGGAAUGAGUUUAAGAGGAAGGACAGCCACGUGUUGUGACAUCCCUCGCUAGUUCCACUUUUCAUUUUAGAAACCUAUUUUGUUGGUUGCAUUUUGUGAAAUGAUGUAGGCACCAUGUUUUUCUUCGAGGCUUUGAUGUGGAAGACAUGGCAAACCGGGAGCGAAACAAACGGACCUUACUGGAGCUGGUGAAGCUGCCGGAGAACAGUCACUGUGCAGACUGUGGAGCACCAGAUCCAGACUGGGCAUCUUACAAGCUGGGUCUGUUUGUGUGUUUAACUUGUUCCGGCAUACACCGCAACCUAUCCAGCCGAGUAAAGUCCAUAAAACUUGACUACUGGGAAGAUGAGCUUGUGGCGUUUAUGAAAUCAAGCGGUAAUGCCAGAGCCACAGCGGUGUAUGAAAAAGUACUUCCUCCUUACUACUACCGGCCUCAGCAGACUGACUGUGCUGUUCUAAGAGAGCAGUGGAUCCGGGCCAAAUAUGAAAGGACGGAAUUCACAGGAGAAACAAAGUAUCCGCCUCCGUCUUAUACCACAGGCUUCUAUGAAGGGAUGCUGUGGAAGAAAGGCAAGGAGAACACACAGUUCCUAAAGAGGAAGUUUGUUCUGUCUGAGCGAGAUUUUACUCUGGCUUACUACAACAAGGAAAAUGAGUCCAAAGGCCCAAAAGCCGUCAUCGCUAUCAAGGACUUGAAUGUGACUUUUCAACCGGAGAAGAUAGGUCAUCCCCAUGGGAUGCAGAUUACUUACCUCAACAAAGACCGCACCAGGAACCUUUUUGUUUAUCAUGAGAGUCCCGAGGAAACAGUCACAUGGUACAACGCCCUUCGUGCUGUUCGCUAUGCAUACCUAAAGACAGCAUAUCCGACCGGAACUGAAGCAGAUCUGAUACCAAAUAUUAUGCACAAUUACCCUAAAGAGGGAUACAUGGAAAAGACAGGGCCUCUGCAAAAAGAACCAUUCAAAAGGAGGUGGUUCAUUUUGGACUCUCAAAACAGGAAGUUGCUCUACUUCAAAGGCCGGUUGGACGCAGAGGAGCUAGGGGUCAUCUUCAUUGGGACAGAAAGCACCAGUUACUCUGUUAGCGACCGUGCUCCAAAACACCCUCGUGGAAACAAGUGGAAGUUUGGCCUCACCCUGGAGACACCCGAGCGGCAGUUUUUAUUCAUGUGCGAGCACGAGGGGGAGCAAAGAGAGUGGCUGGAUGCCCUCAGGCAGGUCAUGUCCAAGCCCAUGGCACCACAAGAUUAUACCACUGAGGCCAACAUCAGGAAUAAAAGAUGAGCAUCGGAGGUGUGACAGGAAAUGAAGCAUCGUUUUAUAUAGUACAUAAUAAUAGUAAUAGCAAAUCAUCAUGUGAUCAUUUUGCUCUGGUGGCAAAUGUGUCUAUAAAAUGACCACCACUGUACAAAUAACAAUUGUGAUAUCCUUCGUUACGAAACACUGUAUCCUAGUAAGUCUUCUGGGAACCAUGUUUUUGUUAACACCUAAGAGAUCUUGAGGGCAUUUUAUGCUGUUUAGUUGUUGAAAUGUCAGAGCAGAGCCAUUUUCGAAACAUUUUACAUUCUGUUCUGUAAAUUUGCCUAAAAUGGCAAAAUGCACCGACACAUUUGUUUUUUCUGACAAAAAAUGUCCCGCAUUAAAUGUUCCACAUUUCUUAAAACUAAUGCAGCCCUUUUUUUUUUUUAAUUCAGUUUGGACAAUACUGUAGUACUCGCUUUAAUUUUUUACAUACCGUAUGUAUUAUUUAUUUAUUGAUUUAUUUGUUUUACAUACACCAGAUGGUGAUAUUUUUCCUAAUCAAAGCACACAGCACCAACAGUAGAGACU